AUGGAGAAAGCACCAAUGAGUUUUGCUCUUAUACCCUGGAGCCACAGAAAACCCUGGAGUGACAGACGAGGGAUCUUAACACUGGAUCUCAAGGCUAAACCAUGGACUCUGCAUACAUCCCAUCACACCUGGACGUUCACCAUGCUCCUUGCUAACCUGCUGCUCCUCAUGGUCCUGCUGCUACCUCUGCCCUCAUCAGGUCGCCACAGUGGACAAACCACCCACAUUGACCAUGACGAGUCCAGCUCAGUAUUGGCGCCCAGUGUGGUUAAUUCUAUUCAGACUCUUCUGCUGAGCCGCCUAGGCCUCAAGUCCAAACCUGAGCCUCGUCCUGGGGUCCAAGUUCCCCGCUACCUGCUGGACCUAUACCGCUACCAUCAGCAACAAUACCACCUGCUGGAGGACCGGGCCUUCAGCUUCCCCUCCCACCACAUCCAGCAAGCCAACACAGUACGCAGCUUCCACCACUCUGAGCCAUUUGCUGAUGCUACAGAAGAGGACCACAAGAGUGUACGCAUCUCUUUCAACAUCUCGUCCAUUCCACAGGAUGAAACACUGCUCUCUGCUGAGCUCAGGCUCCUGAGAAAUGACAGGGCCACUCUGGGCCCCUGGCCCCUAAGACUGAAACUGUGGAUUAUUGCUCCAAGUGGCUAUGACGCCUUCUUCUGCCUGGGUGAGUGCCGCUUCCCUCUAGCCGAUCAUAUGAACUCUUCCAGCCAUGCCAUGGUGCAAACCUUGGUGAACUCUGUCAAUGGAGCAGUGCCUCGAGCCUGCUGUGUUCCCACCUCCCUCAGUCCCAUCGCCCUUCUCUAUCUGGACCCCCAAGACCGAGUGGUACUGAAGAACUACCAGGACAUGGUGGUUGAGGGCUGCGGCUGCCAAUAA